ACAACACAUCAAUCAGAUGAUGACUAUCAAAUUCCUAAACAUAUCGUUUCACCUGAAGCAAUUCGAGAGGCAUUAAAAGAGGAACUUGAAGAAGCCAUGGGUAAAACUACAAAUAAACCAUUUUCCAAAUUUGCUUCUUUUCAAGCAAUAAAGCAAUGUCAAUACUCUUCUACCGUUAUUGUUGAUCAUGUUAGUGAUGAUGAUUCAGCUGAUAAUAAUAUAAGUCCGUCUUCUUUUCUUAAAGCUCAUCUUAAUGAUAAUUAUUCUUUAUUCACACAAGCAAAAAGGCUGAAAAAACCACCUAAUGCUUAUUUAUUAUUUAACAAAGAUAUGCGUUGUAAAUUAUUGAAAGAAUCUUCAAAAAUAUCAGUUGCUGAAAUUAGUAAAAAAGUAGGAGAUCAAUGGAGAUCUUUACCUGAUGAUAAACAUCAGUUUUAUAUUGAAAAAGCGUUAUUAUUAAAAGAAGAACAUUUAAGAAAAUAUCCUAACUUCAUGUAUACUCGAAGAUCAAAAGCUGAAAUAUCAGAAGCUAAAAAAUACAUUGAAAUAGGUAAGUCAUCACCAGAGCCUAGUAAAGCUACUAUAGUAAAUCUAAAUCACUAUUAUUAUCCAGAAUACAACACACUAUCAUCAAUGACUGAAAAUAAUUCACGAAAAAGGAAGAAAAGAAGAAAGCAGCAUACUCUGUCAGAUGGUCGUCAAAGAGAUCCACGAGGACGUAAAAAGAAGAGAGAUAAACAUCCACUAGCUCCAAAACAUCCCAUGUCUGCUUAUUUAUAUUUUCUGACUUCAGUUUAUCCACAAAUGUCACUUGAGUUUCCAGGUUCAACUGUGGGCCCAAUCAGUAAGUCUAUUUCUAGAGCUUGGCAUGCUAUGUCACCUGACGAACAGCUACCUUGGAAACACAAAGCUGAGUGCGAUAAAGCUAGAUAUGCUCAUGAAAUGGAAAUCUACAUGGCUAAUCAUUAUAAUGCAUCUCAAGCAGAAGAAAAAACAAAAUAACACGACUACAAAAUUAUCCGAGGAGAAAAGAAGUAUUUUACUUCUAUAGUGAAUGAACAUUAUUAUUUGUCAUCAUAACCUUUAAACCCAGAAAUAAAACCGUAUAUUUUGUAGCAUUG